CAGAGAAUCUCGUCACAUUUGUGAUCCCGGACCAAACAAGAUAAUCCUUAUAGCCAAACCAUUAAACAUUGUUUGGCGACCUCUGAAUCAUCGGAUACAUUUUUGGUUGGCCGACCAAGCACGCGAAAAGUUGAUAUCUUGAAUGUGAAAAUAACGGAAAUCUACUGACCAAAGCUACCCGACUAAGCAAUGUUUUCUGCUUCAAACGCAACCAAUUCAACGAUAAAUCAGAGCUCUUCUACGCGAAAUACAGUUUCCCCAUUGGAAAUAAUAGCAGUGAUUCUAACGGCUUUACCAACAAUCAUCGGAAAUAAUUUAAUAGUAUUUACAUUUUUCAAAAAUUACAAGAUGAGAACGGUGACGAACAACUUUGUAAUUAACAUGUGCAUUGCAGAUGUAAUGUCGGUAGUGGCUGACAUCUUCUUCUUGCUUGUUCAACUUGUGUAUAAAGACCUCUUUCACCAGCCAGUGUUUUGUAGAAUAUCGAUUUUUCUCAAUCGAUUUUUAAUGAACGUGGUUGUCGUAUCCAUGGUGGCUAUUUCAGUCGACCGGUACAUUAAUUUGGUCCAAAACUCAUUACGACGCCCGACAAGGAAGCAUUUAGUAGUGAUACUGAGUUACGUGUGGCUGCACGGGUUCGUUACGUCGCUUCCUUGGGAUUUGUUCUUUUCAACGGUGUAUUCAGAUGUCGCUUUGGAGGUUUGCAAAAGGUUCCCCCAACCGUACUUAGAUCCAACUGCUAUGACAACUUUAUCGUACAUCACAAAGACCGUCACAGUACUGCUGCCAUAUGCUGGAAUCAUUUGGGUGUUUGCACAAGUGGCGAUGUCCGCGCGGAGACGUCGAUCCAUCCAAGUACAGGACACGGUGUUAGUGAACCCGCAAGCGGCGCGUAAGACUGAACGAUUUGCUCUCCAUUCCUAUGGCCGUGCGACUGUUUCCGCGUUUUUAAUAUUUUCUUCAUUUAUAGGUCUCACCCUUCCGUUUUUAGGCACUGUUGCCUGGGCAAUGGUCACACAGAAAACAAUCUUUUCCCCUUCAAUUGAUAUGAUGGUGUUCUUCUUGUUUCGUCUUCAAGGUGCUCUACUUCCAGUUUUGUACUUGUUGCGGAAUCGUUUCAUCUUCGAUUUCUUGAGUAGACGGUGUUUUUGCUUUCGAUCAACGGAUCGUAUUCGGGAAAAGAGGAGCAUAAAACGUACUAAACAAACGAAUAGAUACAAGAUAUUCUACACAGCCAGGGUGCAAAAAGAGCUGUCCCUCGCCUUUACAGAUAUCACCACAGUUAAGUUUGAGGAGUUUACAACCCAGACUAAGAACGACUCAAAGGUGAUAAUAGUGAAAGAGGAAUCCACAGCAGAUACGGACAGCCCCUCCGAUCGAUUCAACGACAAUGUGUAUGCCGUCCACACAGAACCGAUUCGAUCUGGAAUCACCUUGCAGAAAACUCACAUAAAUAAAUUUCUAGAAAAGUAAUAGUGAUACAGAGCGUUUCAUAAUAACGAUGUUUGUUAAACGUCUUUCCAAUGCUGCUGCUCCCAGUCUGUUACAAGAAACUCGGUAUAUUUUUGUGGGAAAAAUGUUAUUAAAGCAAAAGCGAAAAAAAAAAUGAAAGAGAGAACAAUCACUAAGAAAAGGUAAUUUUAAGAAAAAGAAUGAAAUGAACAGUGAAAAUGAAAUACGGAUGAAAGAUAAAAGGAAUAAAAAAGAAACGACAAGGAAAUGAAAAGGACACGAUUUUGAGCAAUGUCUAUUUUAAGCUACAGGAUGAAGUAAAUUCAGAAUUAAAUCAGUUUUGAAAUUUUAA